AUGAUGAGAAACGGCUGGAGAGUUUCCAAGUUCCGGGCCUGCAAUCGGCUUACAGGUCUGGCAUAUUGUAAUUUAAAAUAAAACCGCACUCCAUUCCUCCCUCCCCCAAUCUCUUAUUGCAUGUUAUCCAGCACGCCAUGUCCUCACAAGUUUCAUCAAAACCAUCAAUCACUCCAUGCAAGGUAGCCGAUACAUCCACCGCCAAUCGGCCGGGUGGUAGGGGUUUGACCAGAAUGGAACGGCGCAGACAGCAGAAUCAGAUCAAUCAGCAGGCGUGGCGUGAGUUUGACCUUUCGUGUAAUAUACCGCUGUGCUUUGGGGGGGGGGUUAGCCUUUUCUUUUCUUUUUUUCUUACUAUCUUCCAGGGCAAAGGAAGAGGAUGCGAGAGCAAUUAGGACGUGUGACUGAGAUUCAAGUUCAAAGUGCCGCGUAUUCAGCACUGACAAAAUUUCCACUUCCGGACCUCACCAGAUUCGUCCACGCCGUCCAACAGGAACCCGGAGACUAUGUCCAGCCAAAUAAAUGCCAACUCAUUAAUCCAGAUAUCUACCGGCUCCUGGCCCUUUUCGAAGUAUCUGCGUAUCAAAGCUAUCUCGGAUCCCCUAAUGUCGACCAUCGCUUGACGCUAGUGAAGUUGAAUGUGUUCCGCGCGUUCCAGUUGAACAUCACCUCCCUCGGAUGGUCUUUGGAAGGCAUGACAGAUGAUGCAUUGUCUCCGUUCAGCAACUCCGGACCGUGCACGGGCGAUUGUUCACAAUCCCUUCUGCCGGCAAGUCUGCGCCCAACACCUCUCCAGCAAAGCCAAUCGCACCAUCCUUGGCUCGACUUCUUUCCUUUCCCCCGUCUAAGAGACAAUCUCAUCAUACAAGAAGAACAUGUCGAUGACUCCCAGCUCUGUCGGGACUUGAUGGGGUUCUGGUCCAUGCCGUCAGAGGAAGAUAACUGUAUGCUAGUGUGGGGGGAUCCCUGGGACCCUAUGAACUGGGAAGUCACCGAGCUUUUUUUACAGAAAUGGGGUUGGGCUGUUACGGGUUGUCGGGAGAUUAUCUGGUCGAGUAAUUUUUGGCGGGAGAAGCGGGGGCAAAAAAAGCUGACUUGGAAGAAAUCUUUUUGUUAGGAAUGCAUUGUAUCACUUAUUUCUGUACUCAAUAUCUAUACUGGUCCAUCUUCAAUCUAACAUAAAAGACUCGGAAAAGGAUA